AAAUAAUUCCAGAAAUAAGGAUAUAAAGUCAUUUAUCCAUGAAUUAAUGUUGUGGUUUUAGUCAUAUUUAUAAUUUUAAACAAAAUUUUGACUUGAAUUUUCGGCAUGACGGAGUUAUUCGGUAUGGUACCAUAAUGUACUGAAAGUGUCGGUAUACCAAAUAUUUUUAUAAAUUCGAUAUUUUUCAAUAUGGUAAAUGAAGUAUAUUGAAUUAUCGAUAUUUUUCUGCACUCCAAAUGAUAACUACGAUCGAGUGGUAAUAAGUUGAGCCUAUUGAGUAUUUGAGGAUACUGAAAUGAUGUGCACAAAGUUCAAAUCUUACAUGCCAGAGAAUCAAUCAAUUUUUCUGAGAUUUUGGUCCUAAACAAAUCAAGAGGGGAGAGACUGUAGGAGAUUAUAAAACCAAUCAUUGGCUCAAAACUUUCCACCCCUCACACCACACAAUCAAUGUCGUCACUCAACUCAUCCCCAUCAUCUCUCCAAACCUCUCUUUUUUCCAUUCCGCUAUUAUCCUUUCUUUCUCUUAUUUUUCAAUAUACCUUCAAGCAUAAACUCUCAAUUCUCAUCGAUCCCCUCAUACAGUUCGUGUUCGAGGUUUGACAUCCUUAUCCUACUUUGUCUUCCGCUUACGUCUAAUAGCUCCGCAGAAUACGAUAUUUUCAAAAAUGUCAUCACCAAGUAAGAGAAGGGAUAUGGAUGUUAUGAAAUUGAUGAUGAGCGAUUACACUGUGGAGCCAAUAAAUGAUGAAAUCAACAAGUUCUUUGUUGAAUUCCAUGGUCCAAAAGAAAGCCUUUAUGAAGGUGGAGUCUGGAAAGUCCGUGUGGAGCUUCCAGAUGCUUAUCCUUACAAGUCUCCUUCCAUUGGAUUUGUAAACAAAAUAUUCCACCCAAAUGUUGAUGAAUUGUCUGGUUCUGUCUGCUUGGAUGUCAUCAACCAGUCAUGGAGCCCAAUGUUUGAUCUUUUAAAUGUCUUCGAGGUUUUCCUGCCACAACUUUUGCUUUACCCAAAUCCAUCAGAUCCCUUAAAUGGUGAUGCAGCAUCACUUCUGAUGAAGGACAAGAAGCAAUACGACCAAAAAGUGAAAGAGUAUUGUGAGCUACAUGCAAAGAAGGAAAACAUCAGCAUUGAGAAAGAAGAUAGUGAUGAUGAGAUCAGCGAGGAGGACCUUAGUGGUCAAAGCGAUACUGAUGAUGAAGUUGCUGGACAUGCAGACCCAUGAUAAUUGAUUGUAACAAACUCUUUCCUCAUUCAACCCCUCCAGUGUAUCAUUACAUUCUUUGUGUACAUCUAGGGCAUGAUUACAGGGGCACACAUAUACAAAAACUAGCUUUCAGAGAAUUAGUUCUUGUUACUUUGAUAUAGUCAAAGAAGGCCUGGCCUUUUUAGGAUAGAAAAGAUGUUUUACGUAUUUGUAACUCUAU